CGGCCUGGGGGCGCGGCUGUGGCAGCGGCGGAAGUGACGCACGCUCUGGGGGCGAGGAGGGCGCGAGCUCCCGGAUGCUGCUAGGCUGCGCCGGCGGCGGACGGUGUGGAUUGAGGCACAGAAUGAAACAAUAGCGCUUAAAUAGCAAAAUAAUAACCCAGCUCGUCCGCCCGAGGCGUGGACCCCGCUCCCACCUGGUCGCCGUAAAGCGCCGUGUAAACAAGAGUUGAUUUUAUUUUUGUUUUUAUUUUUUUUUCCCGGCCGUGCAGGAUGAGCUCCGUGCCUGAGGAAGUUAAGGCAGAAGAUGGCCAACCGGAGCUUAAGAAAAAAAAAUUUUACUGCAAAGUUUGUAAAAUUUGCUGUACGUGUGCUAAAAGUCUUCAGUCGCACUAUCGUGGUGCAAAGCAUAGAAAGCAAGAGGAAACCAUGAAACGCAGGGCUUCCUAUUAUUCUGCAGCUGUAAUCCAAGUUCCGAUGAAGCAUCGAGUGCUCAGACAAGGUUCUUCAGCUCAGUUUCCUGUGAGGCAUCGAGUGCUCAGACAAGUGAAGACAUCAUUCACAGAGUACGUAAACUGUCUGAAGGAUUAUAUGAAUGAUCCCAGAAGAGAAGAACCUCUAAUUGGUUUAGAACAUGUGGUUGAAAUCAGAUUUAUAGGAAGAAAAACCCCACGUUACGAGUGCAGGCUGUGUGGGUGUAAGGCAGAGGUGGGACCUAUGAUAGAACAUCUUACUGGGUAUAAACACAGAAGACAAUACAUUACUAAAGAAUUUCCAGAUAAAAUGAGGAGAAAACCAACAGAUACGAAAAUAUGCAAAGUUGCAUUUUUCAAACAGAUAGCAGGAGAGCUAGAGAUGAGUGAAGGAUUAAAAAUGUAUCAGAUUGGAGGUUAUGUAAUACCGGCUCCCUCACCCCCAUUGAAGAAGAAAGCAAGGUUGGAAGAUGAUUAUAAAUAUGAGAAUGAUCCUGUUCGGAAACAGAAAGCUCUGGAGUUCUUGGAGACUUUUCACAUCACCUCAGACUCAGAAGCAACACUUGUUGUUCACAUUACACAAGAACUCACGGAGGCUUUGAAGGCCUUUUGUGAAAAGAAAGCAGCAGAUAAUUACACGAACAGUUCAGGCCCAAUGGUGUCAGUACCUCAGGAUGAAUUUCCAGAAUGGAAAAGUGUCCCAGAACACUAUGGGCCAGAUGGAGAAUACAAAGGAAGUUCUGACCAGAAUCAAGGUUUUUUGUCUCAGUAUGAAGAGUGUUCUGAAGAUGCUUCUUUCGCUCCUGCUCACUCAGACAGUUACCAAGCAGAUGGUGGAUCAUCCUCCUGUCAUCUGAGAUCUGACAACUUUGCAGUGAUGCCUCCACUCAGGGAGUUUCCUGCUGUUGCCCCUUACAGUCCUGUCAGUGGUAUCAGCGAAUGGCUGGGACAGCUCAGAAGCUCCAUGCUGUGCGGGAAUUCGGCUGCUGUGGCCUCUUCAUACGAGGCCAGCCUAGUGAAGGAGUACUCAGCAGAAUACAUAUCCAGUGAUGUGCAAGGAAGUGAGCUUCUUGAUAACAGACUCUCAUUUGGCUGGGAAAAUACAAAAUGGAGCAAUCAACAAAUUUGUACAAAAGCAACGCAUGUAAGUGACCGAGAAUUACCAUAUCCCGAUUCUUCUGCGUCAUAUCCUUCAACUGGAAGAUAUGCUACAAACUAUCCUCCACAAAACUAUUCCUCUUACAAGAACAACGAGUCUGUGAAUUCUGGUACAUCUUCUGCAAAUUCUGCUGUUUCAGGUAGAGGUGGCUCCAGGUGGCACCAGGACACUAGGUGGAACAACAACUCUAGCUGGAAGCAGGAAUCUAGGUGUCAAGGAUUCAGGUAUCAGCAAUCAGGCUACCAGACAGACUGGAGUUCAUAUCAGGACUCGUUUUCUGGCAGUGGUUCGUACCAAGAUCACCAGCAGUUCAGAAGCUCAGAAGGGAUGUUUGAUGGAGUCAAUGUUGGUCUUGCUCCCGAUGCUGUGAACAGACUAUUAGGAAAGGAUGUACCUACCAUGACCAGUAUGCUCAAAGAGUUGGCUCCAUAUUAUCCAGGACUUCAAAAAAUAAAUACUCAGACAUUCGUCAAUGUGCUAAUAGAAACUAGAGAGAAAGAUUAAGGAGCAACAGCAGCUGAACUGGGAACAGAUGAAGAGAUUUGAGAAUCUCUGUCACUCGGCUUUCAGGAAAGAGACUGCAUUUAACUCUGCUUGGCUUGGGAAAGGUAAAAGGAGGUUGGGUUUAAGUUUUUAACAUGUGAAAUAUGGAUGGAACGUGAACUUGCACAUAACAGGUGAACAUACUAUUUUGUUUAGGCUUUUUGUAAUGUAUUUGUUAAAUCUUAGUAUAUUACAGAAAAUAAAUUUUUUGUUAUUUUUGGAAAAUAUGUUAAAAUUACUCUGUCAGCGAAAAGCUAAUAAUCCUUUUAAUACCUGUCUCAAUUCAGAAGAGAAAGAAAGGUUUACUUUCAUGUUACCUACUUAGGAAGAAUAUUCAUUGAAAAUACAGGUUUACUUUUCUUCACACAAAUGUAAGGCCAGUUUCAUUAAUUUGAGGGUUUAUAAUUAGCAUAUUUUUAGAAAUUGAUACACUACAUUUCUGUGUAGACAGAGAAAGGAGAAUGUCACAGCAAAAUUAUUCUUUCUUAAUGUGAUGCCAUAUGAGGAAAAUGUAAUCUAUACUAGAGGACUGGUAUCUAAUGGGGCAUAUUAGUUUUGUUUUUGCAGAGGAAGAAUUGGUGUGAAAUAUAUGCAGAUAUUUUAAUCAUGUUACUCAAAAUGAAAUAAUUAUAAAUUGUCUUAAAAACCCAUUUGGUGGAUGAACCCAUGCUAAAAUAAAAAUUAUUGAUUCUUUCUACUGGCAAAAGAAAUAGUAGAACACAUCAGACAAUCAGAAAAAAUAACAGGAAAAAAUAAAUAAAAUGUUAUACUAACUGAGUAAUACUUACCUGUUCAGAUGUGUAUGAGAGCCACAUGCUGAUGAACGCCUUUAGGUAUUGAUGAAGGCUUUAGGUAUCUGCUUUAUGUAAUUAAAACCAGCUUACAUGGAGCUGAAGAAAAGAAGUAAAGUGAGACAGUUUACUCCUGAGUGUCUGUUUUCCUUUUCACUGCUGCCUUGUGGACUAUCAUUUUUCUUCUCACCCAUGCCAGAACUGUGUCUCUGUGCAUUAAAUACUUGUGCUGAAGCAGGGUUUGCCUUCAUGAGCUGUCAUAAAACAUUUUGGACCUUGUUAUGUAAAUUUUAAUAAAAACUCAGCAAAACAGUU